UUUUUUAUUCGGGGAUUUUUAGAUUGUGAUCCAAUUUCGUGCGUUUAUUUUUUCUUGAUUGCUGCGCAUUAAUAAAACAUAGUUAUAGUAUUAUCUUACAUAAAAUACCAAGAAAACGUCAAUAUGGCUACUUUAGAAAAGCCAAAAAGAACAAAGAAAACGAAAGUCAAAGAAAAACCGGAAGUCUCCAGAAAUAGUUUCCUUCAAGUGGAAAAUCAAGUAAAAGAAGAAGUGGAAAAUGCAACUACCAGUAGGCUAGAGCCUAUUGAGAAUAUGCAAUCAGUGGACUUUGCCCAGUUUAACACAACCAACUCGCGAGACAUUGUAAGUCAAGACUGUUUUAUUGCAUCUGAGUAUGUUGAGCCUACUCAAGAUAUCAAAAUAUCUGACCGAAAAUCGCCCAGUGAAAUAUCUCAACCUGAAGAGAUCUCACAGGUAACUGCAUGUCAAGAAGCCACAACAGUCGACGCACAGAACACAAAUGACCAUAACCAGGUUCCAUCAGCUCCACUUUCUGAUGUGUCGGAAUGUAUGCCAUCACAAGUUGUGCCAGUAGCUAUAACGCCAAUCCUUCAAUACCCUAAACUUUCGCCACUACAACUUGAAGAAACAAAAUCCAAUAUAGUAUACCGACCUUCAAAGUCGUCUUCUCCUAAGUAUUACUUCACCAACUCUCAAUUAUUACCCUUUACAACGGAGCAACAAAAACAACUGUAUCAUUGCGCUGACUUGGAACUCGUUAAGCAAUUUGAGCUAGACUUUCUUAUGAACUCGCUAUUGGAGGUAUAUGAAAGUGAUCCCCUGUAUGCCGCACUUCUUGAAUAUUACAACUUACAAAGCAAAAUCUCGGUCAAUAUGUAUGACGUGGAAAAAGCAAGGACAAUUCUUACAAACGAACAAAAGCAUAUAUGGACUGAGGUUCCGGUAACAAAAACUUUUUCAGGAACAUGCGGUGAUAGGGUUAUACUGAAAGAGACGGUGACAUACAACGUGGCUCAAGUAGACGGUAAAAAGUGGGAAAAUACGUCCGCGGCAUUAAACAACGUUUAUGAAUUAGUUUGUCAUACAUAUACCACAAACUUAAUAACAGCAAAGAUUACGAAAGUGAAGAUAGAUCAAAUGAUUAAUGAUGUGGUUUCCGCCGAAUGCCUGGUGACGAUUGCACAAAAAGAAAAAAUUACACUACAAAAAGUGUUCGAGCCUUCAGUAAUACCAUAUGUGGCGCAAUUGCGGCGUUCUAUAUCUAUUUUGUUUAAUUUUAUGCGCAAAUUGAGUCCAAAUAAGGAUUUUUCAAAUGAUUUAAAAACAUGGAUUCGAAAAUUGAUUUCUUUGCAUCUGCUUGUUGCUACUAAAGAGGAUCACUGGUUUCUUCUAUUCAACAUUUUACGCUGUCCGAGUGGCGUUGGCGAUUGGGCAACCGAAUUGUUACAAAUUCCUUGCGGCGCUGAGACACCUAGUACAAAUCCGCCAGGUUCUAGUAAGAAUGAGAUGCCAUUAGAUCUUAAUUCAUCGGAAAUGAGUAAUUGUAUAGCGACUUUACAAAUAUUGCUUUUACCUAUCAGCAAACGCAAUGAAUAUCUAAAAGAUUUUGAGAAAUCUCACAAGGAAAUUUCGGAUCCUGUACGCGAAGAACGUUGGAUACUUAUAGACUCAGAUGGUGAAGACAGUCAUAAUGCAAAUGGCGAAUGCGUUGGCUUGAAAGAGAGUGAUUUGAUAGCUUUACUCAAUCAAAUACCAUUUGAAAAAAUGUUUAUUUCUGCAUUAAAAAUUGAGAAAUUCCUGAACGACUAUGUGAUUUCACCCGAUCUUAUACUAGCUAAUGAUGUGCUUCGCGUGCUAAUAUUCUUCUCAAGAUUGAUAGAUAUUUUUGGUGAAGGAAUGCUAACAUACAACACGGAGCGUUACAAGCAGUUAGCAAAGCGUUUGGGACGGCUUAUACGGCAUACGUUACAAUACAGCACCGAUUAUUAUGAGAUUUUUAUGCAUAACACAAUUCCAAAGGAUGCAAAGACGUGCGAACGCAUAUCUGUGGAACUAAAUACAUUAUUGUUCAAGGCAUGCAACUACAUAUACCGGUCAAGAAACUUAGGCACAUGGCAAUACUUUUCUUCUCUGCCCUUCCACUCGCUUGAUAGAGAAAUUACAUGGCAAACAUUUUAUUAUUUAAAUGUCGGCUUUCCGGCCGAGUUGCCGCCAAACCAAACAGAUUACAGCGAGAUUAUAAACACACCAGAAUUCUGGAAACAUUUUGAAAUCGCCAAUGCAGAUUCAUCGGCUGAAGACUUAUAUUAUUUACUACAAGCUUUUUUCGAAAUAGCCAAUGAACGCGACAGAGCUAAAGAUUGGGAUUUAAUAAGAACUAUCUGUUUACACAUUUUUAAUGUCGGUUUUUUAAAUGUUAACACUCGCGAAUUUUGUUAUAAAACCUCACGGGAUAUGCUCGUUAAUUUAACGUUAUCUUAUGAAGAUCUCAUCACUUGCAUUUUAAUCCAACUUAAAGCUCGUUUUAAUGAAAUCGAAAAUGGCACGUAUCUAAUCAAAUCACUACCGUUGGAAAACUGGAAGCCCGGUAUGGACAGUUUUGAGAUACUUUCCAAUUGGUUGCUUCAUUUUGAUUACUCGUCACAAGAGAAUAUGCUUGCACGCGUUGUCAUAAGCCACUUAAAUUGGGGUUUCGACUAUGACGGACGCCUCUUUUUACCUCAUAAUAUACACAUUCGCAUGGCAUGUUUGAUAUCUGAAGCGCUUAAUAAACAUGCACCCGAAGUAAUUGGCUUAACGGGAAUUUCCGAAGGGAUGCGUCAAGUUUCAAGUCUCAUUGAUUUUUCACUAACCACAAAAGAACAAUUCUCAACCUGGUGUUGGACCAUGGUUUCCUUACUACGAUUGCAUCUUAUGGAUCAAGGUGCUGAGUCAAUAAAACGUACACUGCUUAACCCCACGGAGCCGUUAAUGUUUGUACCUGAAUUAGAGCAAAUCGAUACAAUUUAUCAGGGUGUCUCUGAGAACAGACCGCUCGCUGUGUAUGUUGCGAUUUUGGUUAGCCUUCAUGGCCAUACCAUACCGCUGAUUUGCCAAAGAGGUCUGGAACUAAUUAAGUUACUUUUAAACGAUUAUCGGCAUGCAGCGGUUAUCCGCUGUCUUGAAUUAAUCGUGCCGUUAUUUCUAGAGACCCCGGAAACAUUAGCUAGCUGUGAAAAUUUUCAUGCCAUAUUGAAUGCUCUACUAUCCGCUGAUCGCAGUUACCUGAAAAUGGCAAAAGACAUUAUUUACCCAAACUCAAUUGGACCAGUGCUACAGCUACUUGAUAACAUGAUCCACCGUCAAAUAACAAGUUAUACCGAAUAUGGCCUAACCACGCCACUCAGUUUAAUCAAUGUCUGGCUAAAUCUUCUUACUUCCCUGCCCAAUUGGCAGAAUACAAAUGUGGUUUACCUGCUGGACGUGAUUUUGCGAAUCGCCUACCAGUUCUCGGACGCGCGUUAUCAAGCUAUAGAGUUCUUCCAGAACUAUUUCAAAGGUUGUUUUGAGUGGAAGGGCACCAGCAAAAUGUCUACGCUAAAAACGCUUUUCGGCUCUGUGCAAUUGCGCGUUCCAACCGUUUCUCCGCUGCAGAGUUGGCUAGCACUGGUGCUAUUAGAGAUAGAAUUUAAGACACAAGAAUCCCAUUUUUGGUCGGAAUUCUUGCGAGAACUAGCUUUAACUAAUGGAAAAAGCGCUUUGGAGAUUGCACUGAAGAAAACCUUAACGGCGUUUAAAGAGACCAACACAUUUCCCGCCCAACAGCUUGUGGUUUACAAAUAUGGGAAUCUCGUCGCUAGCAUGGAUAUUAGUCAUCCACUUUUUCCCAUAGCAUGUCAGAAGUUUUUUGAACUUUUCUUGAGCAGAGUGCCUUUGCAGAGCGGCGAGUACAGUUUCGUUGGCACUUAUGGUGUUUCGGAUAAAUUGUAUGACUUUAAUGUGUCCUUGAUGAAGAAGAUUAGUUCCAACAUCAAGGCUGCAGAUGCUUUCUACACUAAUGAAGCUAAAAAGCGCGCAGCUGAGGAAAAUUUAAGCAUUUUCUAUAGUGAUUGUGCAAGAAUAAUGAAAUCUUAUGACUUAUGGCUGCAUGAGACCGUUAUAAACCAGCAUUCGAAGGAUGAUUGCAAUUUCCCCCCACAAUAUAAUAACGAAAAGUUGCGCGAAAUAUUAAAUGGCAAUACGUCACAUUGGACGGAAUUUCUAUAUUUACCCGAUAUACGGAAAGUACAGAAACAACAGGCCCAGCAGUGGGCGCAGAGUUGUUACCGUUCAAAAUCCAUUAAACAGCUUCGAACCCCAUUGCCACCCAAAACGCAUAUUGAGCCACACGAACGAAUUAAACAACAUUUAUCGUCGUAUGACAAGCGUUUAGAAGCACCAACUUUCACGAAACCUGUUGUCAGUAUACCUACUGAAAUUACAAAGUCCACAUUUUCGGAACUGAAGGAACAGCUUAAAACCUUGAACAGCAUGGCAACGAAAUUCCAUUACCACACCAGUGAAUUGAAUUCAUUAAACAGAAACUAUUUAGAAAAGGUCAUGAAACUACAAAAAAUGGUGGCAUACGAAGAGAUAAAACUUAAAAGUUGCAAUUCAUUGCUUUUCAAUCGACAAUGCAGCAAUCCAGCUCGUAUCAUCACAAAACUUGAAAAAAUACGCGUUGAUAGUGCAGUUGAAGCAAAGAUAAAUAAGAAUAUAGAACGCCGUGACAAGAUUAUAAAUGGCAUGCUUACACUGAAUGUGGAGGAAUUUGCACGUUGCGUAGAACCAUUAAGCUGCAUUAUGCGUAUUCUGAUUGCAUCUAAUGCGACGCAGCGUUCCACUGUUGCCACCAAUACAGGCAUACAUAUGUUCUAUACCAUUGUGGAAAACCUAACAGAUGUCACAAUGAAAUUUCAACCAACGAAUGACUUAUACAGUCAGCUACUAUGUGAUCUUAAUAUAUUUAUACACGAAAACCAGGAACAACAAGGUCUUAGUAUUUUGGAAUUAGUUCUAAAACGACCUGAUCUAAUAAAGCAGUUAUCUGGCGCCUUUGUACCUUUUCGUACACCACCGCAAAGCUUUUUAAAUAUGUACAAAUUCCUCGUUGAUUCAUACCUGAAACGCUGUGAUAAAAAGAUACUUUUUGUUUUGUUAUCAAAAUUUGACUUGGUAACUUGGCUUGAAACCUUCCAUCCGAAACUUAAUGAAAUAAAUCAAUUACUGCACCUAAUACUGCAAGGCUUAGAGUGUUGGUCUCAGCCCGAUUCCAACCUACUCCAAGACCAGUUUCGUCGUCAUUUAGUACAUGUCUUUGAUUAUGACUUUCCACAGCAUUACGGCGAAGUAUUACAGUUGGUUUUGGAUCGAAUUUCAGAACAAAAGUUAAUGCCUGUUGUACUACUAGAUGUAUUAAAUUCUUUGCUGGGCCGAUUCAAAUGCAAAAAUAUGUUAGGCAAUACAAAAAGCGAUGAAAUCAUAGAAAUAUCAAAAGAUUUCGCUAGUCGGCAAAAUCUUUUCAAUUUAAAAGGCGCUACAGAUACUGUAUUGCUAUUUGCGCGUCACUUCCAAAAGGAACGCUUACAUCAUGGGCUGCACGGCUUAUACCCCAAGCACAAAGAUUAUGUGAAUCCCCUUGCCAUGUGGUUUUCAUGCAUGGGUCAUGUUGUGGUUGUGACGGCGAUUUGUACAUUUCAAGAUAAGCUAGCGGAUCAAAUAAGCGAUACUGUUUUCGGCUCAAUUAUUGAGCUUUAUUCGCCCUGGUUGGUACCAUACACCCAAGACACUCUACAGCAAUCACCUGCAAAUUGGAUACGCCAAUUAACAGUCCAAGAUAAAAUAUUGCUGCCUUGGAGUGAGCAGCAUACGCCAAAGAGCAAAAUAAUGGUGAAAUGUUUAAUUGAUUCAAUCAACUUUUUGCUGGAAAAUUUGCCAGUUUCCUACGUAGCCAUCGCACAUAUGUUCAGCUGGUAUGUGCAUCACUUUGCCAUUCCGAAAAUUGAAUUCUAUGUUUACGGAAAUAUACACGAGGGUAUGGGUGCGUUGCCCUGGGAAAGAUUCAAACCCCAGCCUACUCAUAUAGAUUUGUUUUAUGACAAUUUACAGAAAUUUGUUCCCUCCGCACAUGCUAUGUUGGCACACAUAUUUAUUCGCAUCAAUUGGACGGCCUGGUUCGAGGAAACGUUUCCAAUAAUACCGCAUAAUAUGCAAUCAAAGCUUAUUUCGCGACUUUUUACGGUUUUUGUAAAGAUUUCUUUUGAACCGAAUAUACAUAUAAAUAUAAAUACUAGUAAGAUAUUAGAGGACGCUAUUCAGUAUCCCUGGUAUAUGGUAAGCUACGCGGAAUUGGAAAGUUUAUUCAAAUGGUUUGUCACAACCAUAGACUAUCCCAUCAUACUACAAAUGCCAACGGAAACUAACUACGCCGACAGAGCUGUUUUGGACCUAUUGCGACUAAGUUGUGCUAUGAUGCCGGAGAAAGCCGCUGCCUGGGAAUCUAUUAUGCAGCCCAUUCAUUACGCCACUGCGAAGCGUAUACUAUACACACGCAAUCACGUUGUUUUGCUAUGCCUCGCAGUUACGAAAAACCCCAAGUUAAUGAGCACCAAAGAAGGCAUGAACGCAUUCAAUGCAGCCUUUACCGAAUUGUUGAAUACAAUUGAUAAAUCUGUACGUGCAACGGGGGGCAUCAAAAAUGUCGAUGAACAGAAACGUGAAGCAUUAAAUCUUAUGGUGGAAAUAUUGAUGCCUAUGCAAACGCAAAGAGUUGAGACGUCAAAUCAACUUGUAGACACGCUCAUUCAAUGGCAAGCACAUUGUGAACCUGGCAAUUUCCUGCUCUGUACUACACUCAAUGCUAUUGGGCAUAUGAAAACAUUUGUUACUGGGAUCUAUCCACUAUUGGAAUCUACUAUUGCACAUUAUUUUCGCUCAUCCCCUGAAUCAGCUAGUUGGCACACACCCAACUGGAAAACCUUGAAAGAGAUACUACAAACUUCGUUUGAUAAAAUGGACUUGAUGCCUAUCUUGCGCGGUCCAUUUUUCUUAACUCUGCAUAUAUUCUUUGUUUACAAAAUGGAACAAAUUACAAAUAUCGGUGAUAAAAUCACUUUCCUGCAAGACGUUUGCCAGUUGGUGGAAGGAUGUAAAACAGACGCUUACACAGAACCUCGAUUGGCGCUAGUAUGGUGUGCGAUAAUCUCGCAUGGUUGUCAGAUUCUUUAUGAGACGCAAAAUGUAAAAAAAGUACUGACCAUGUUCACUUCUUACAUGUGUAUAACAUCUACCCAAUCCGAAGGGUGGGGUGACACGUUGUUGGGAGCAAUCGGUUUGAAGACCGGUGUUAUAACUAAUAAGCGGAAAGCACUCGCACGUAGUUUCGCCUGUGUCCUUUACUCCUUAUUUCCAAUUGCUAGACCCACUGGUCCAUAUCCGAACGACGAAUUUUCGCUCUCGCUACACGAACUAACGGUGUUAUUGGCAAAUAAAAAAUUUGCUGAUAUUAAGCAACAAAUAAUAACAGCUAUUGGCAUUAUUAAAGAUGAAAACACUCCUGCUUUACGAGAUGUACCACAAUUAGUUUUUCGGCUUAUCAGCUUGUUUUACAGCAACGCGUUUAUUACUACUGCUCCUGAGCUGUGGGAAUUCGAUUCCAAACUUACUUGAAUGAUACUUUUUUCAUUUUUUAAACAUUUUUCAUGGACUAAUUGGAACAGUUUAGUUACAUAUUUAUCCUUAUCUUAUGCUGACCCAUGUAUACAUAUAUAAUAUGAUACUUAUUUUUAUAGACUAUUUUUUCUAUGUAAUUGUAAGGAAAUACACAUACUAGGUGUAAUUAAAAGUCAUAAUAUAAAUUGUAACUUAAAAAAUAUCAGAAAUAAUCAUUCGCAACAGCGCCCAAUAUCAAUUGUAGAUGUGGGAGGGAAUAAUUAAAUUUAAAA